CGGUCCUGCGCAUCCUAGCGCUCAACAUAGUGCCUGUCACCAAGAAAGUGAUCAAUGCAGGCUCAGUCGGGUCUCCACCAGUCCCUCUCUCCAUCGACCCUUGUCUCGCCAGCCGUCUGGUGGCCCGAAGGGGCGGCGGGCUGGGCUGGGGGCGCAAUGACCGGCGCCUGCACGAGCUACGUGAGCGCGGAGCAGGAGGUGGUGCAUGGCUUCAGCUGCCCGCGGCCAGGGGGCGAGGCGGCCGCUGUCUUCUGCUGUGGCUUCCGCGACCACAAAUACUGCUGCGACGACCCGCACAGCUUCUUCCCCUACGAGCACAGCUACAUGUGGUGGCUCAGUGUUGGUGCUCUCGUGGGCCUCUCCAUAGCAGCCGUGGUCCUCCUGGCCUUCAUCGUCACUGCCUGUGUGCUUUGUUACCUGUUCAUCAGCUCAAAGCCCCACACAAAGUUGGAUCCAGGUUUAAGCUUACAGACAACAGGUCCCAAGGAGUUGCCUCCUGAUCAUCAAAGUACUAACACAGGAAUCAGGAUGGAGGUGCCAGGAGGCAGUCUUCCUGGGCAGAGUUACCCCUUCUUGAACCCACGAUUGGAAAGCAAUGAGAGGCAGGCUUCAGACUCGAAAGGCCUCCUCCAGCACUGCUUCAUGGCCACAGUGACUGCCAGUGACAUUCCAGGCAGCCCUGAAGAGGCAACUAUCCCCAACCCAUGUGGACUGGUCCCAUAA